AUGCCAUGCUCUUCCCCUGUACCCUACCAUGCCCGUUCCCUGAGCCCUAUAGUACCCGUCCCCUAUACCCUACCAUACCCUCCCCUGCAUCCUACAGUACCCCUCCCCGUACCACACCGUACCCUCUCCCCUGUACCUACCAUACCCUCCCCUGCACCCUACAGUACCCACCCUCUGUAUCAUACCGUAACCCUCUCCCCUGUACCUACCACCCUUACCAUGCCCUCCCCUGUACCCUACCAUACCCCCCUGCACCCUACAGUACCCACCCCUGCACCCUACAGUACCCACCCCCUGUACCCUACCAUGCCCUCCCCUGUACCCUACCAUACCCACCCCCUGUACCCUACCAUGCCCUCCCCUGCACCCUGCCGUGGCCAGAGGCUGGGCAGGAUACACAAUCCUUUGCAUUCCUUACCAUAUCCACAUGUGCGUUGGAUUAAGAAACAUCAAGUAAUAGACUCAGAUGCGAAUCGAAUCCUCCAUGACCUUCCACCUCAGGAUCAAAGGCCAUUGGAUCAAAUCUUCGACUCAGACCAUAGCCCUUUCCCGAGAAUCUCCGACGCCGACAUAAAUCUACGGAGUCUCAACCCACGUUUCACUAUCUUUUCCACCGUCGACGCGACCUUAUCGAGGCCAACACGGAGACCACGACGUAAAUAUUACGAGGGCGCGAGAUAUUGUCGCACCAUUCAACCACAGUACCAUAGUACCACAGCUUCACAGUACCUUGGUUCAAUAGUACCACCAGGACAUCCCAGUACCAUCAGCAUGCUACUUGCACUACCACAAAACAGUACCAAGCAUAGUACCACACAGCUAUUGACCCAUACCACCACCACAGUAACAACAGCUACACACUACAACAACCAGGACUGCCUCACAACCACGCUACCACACUACCACAUUUCCCACACGGAGUACCACGCUACCACAAUGCAGGAAACAACCACACUACCACACUGCAGGAAACAACCACACUACCACACUGCAGGAAACAACCACAACAACUAUUCUAUAUUUAUGAUUUAA